GUUCUUCCAAGAGAGCAACAUUCCCAACAGCCACCACCACCCGCAGAUGAUGUGUACUCCCAGCAACACCCCUGCCACACCACCUAACUUCCCGGAUGCACUAGCCAUGUUCUCCAAGCUUCGAGCCUCUGAGAGCCUGCAGAACAGCAACAGCCCCAUGACAGCGGUGGCCUGCUCGCCCCCUGCAAACUUCAGCCCCUUCUGGGCCGCAUCCCCACCCAACCACCAGACGCCCUGGAUCCCACCCUCUUCCCCCAACUCCUUCCAUCAUCUGCACUGCCCACAGCCCACGUGGCCCCCUGGAGCAUCACAGGGGCCCACCCAGCAGAAAGCCAUGGCAGCCAUGGACGGCCAGAGAUGAGACUGGAUGGCACUGGGCUGGAGCAGGGGCAGUCCAGGGUUGUGGGGACACAGAGCAGGGCUGGGGAGGGGGGACAUGAGGGCAGGGUUUCUUGAAGAUCGCACUGGAAGAUUUUAUAAGAGAAUUUUUGUGGGUGGGGGUACAGUAAACGUCCUGAGCCACUUGGGGUCUUCAGGAGUUUCUCUUUGGGAAAGUUUUUUCUUCUUUUUAAUAUAUAACUAUAAUAUAUAUGAAUAUAGAUGUAUGUGAGAGAGGGGCCUGCACAUCAGGGAUAUUGGCUUCAGAAGGGAAGGGCCUCAGAAUCUCCCCUUGUUGACACCUUCCUCUGUCUAAUUUGGGGUAACAAGGGUGCUCAUAGUCAGAUGGAGUGAGCUUGCAGCUGGGUGGGUAUGCUGCCUUUAAAGCCAUGUUGGCCGUUAGGAAGCCCCUCCCCCAAGGGAGGUCCCCAAAGGGUCCUGUUGGAGUCAUCGACUUUCCUACCCCAUCAAUGGUAGAUGGAGUUUUCAUCUCUGCUGGUGGUGGCCUCAGUGGCCCUGAAACUCAUCACCCUGUCCCCAACUGAGUAUGCUGAGCUCCUGGGACUGAAGAGUUGGCUGACCUCUGAGUGGAUACUUGGCUGUCCCAUCCCUUACUGUCCUGGCUGUCCCACAGGUCUCCAGCCUCUGACUAGCGGCAGAGGAGGACAACUAAGGAGAGCCCGCCUUUGGAUUGAGUUCCUAGAUUAAAAAAAAAAAUCACAUCUCACCAGGGUGCAAUUUUAAUUUAAAAACUUAAAGACUUUUCUAACUUC